UUGUUUUUUGGGUUUUUUUUUUGGCAGCUGUCAUUCAUGAAGCCGGAACUGUUUGUCCUAUAUAUACACUGUUCCAGUGCAAUUACUAAACUAACUCCGGCAGCCCUUCGGAAGAAAUAUUAAAGAAAGGAAAUGCUUCUUCUUAUUCACUUCCUGCCCUUGGUUGCUGUGCUGCAAAUAUCUCUAGCAAAGGAGGAAAAAGGGUUUGUAAUGAGCCUCUCCGAGGCUCAACAGCAAGAGAUUGUUGACAUGUAUAAUGCUGCCAGGAGAUCGGUUCAACCAACUGCUAGUAACAUGCAGAAAAUGAAAUGGAGUGAGAAAGCUGCUGAAAGUGCAGAAAAAUGGGCUGCAGAAUGCCUAGCAAGAUCCAGCCUCCUGAAGGACAGAUAUGUGGAUGGUAUCCUUUGUGGUGAGAGUAUAUCACAAGCAAAUUUUGUUAGAAGCUGGAAAGAGGUAAUAGAAUUCUGGAAAUCUUCACAGCCACGUUUCGUGUAUGGCAAAAAUACAUCGGAAGAGGUACGGAGUGCAGCUUUGGGAUAUACUCAGAUGGUGUGGUAUAAUUCACAUGAGAUUGGAUGUUCAUUUGCCUUCUGCCCAAAGCAGCCUAAUUACUCAUAUUUUUACAUAUGUCGCUUCUGUCCUGCAGGUAACCUAUUAGACACAUUACCAAAGCCCUACAAAGAAGGUCAACCAUGUGCAGACUGUCCAGACAACUGUGACAAUAAACUCUGCACCAACGCAUGCCACUAUGUAAAUCAUCUGAGUGCUAAGGAGUGUACAAACAUAAUCGACCAAUUUGAAUGUGAGAGUGAUUGGGUUCAGGAAAAGUGCAAAGCUUCCUGCAAUUGCGAAACAGAACUUGCAUAAUACAUAUGGGUUUCAUAACUUCGGCCUUUAAAACGCUCUUCAUAUUGAAAAAAGAUGAAAAUUGAAAUGGAACAAUCCCACCCCCAACUGUUCAACAUUAGAAUUGUUGUCUAACCAGAACAGGUAUAUCUAUUUUUUUUUAAAAAAAAGCAGUUGCCAUUAAAAACAUAUGUUUAGUUCUAAUUGGAAACUAAUUCCACGUUAACUACAACUACCCAAAUAUUCCGAAACCUUCGAUCACACAUCAAAGAAAAUGCAAUGUGGCAACGGCAGUGAGGAUGACCGUGACAAUGCAAAUCACAACGUAGUGAUAGCAGUUAUUCUACAGUUGUCUCAGAACAGUUUCAAGAAUCCUCUUCUGUCCACUUGACUACGGAACUCUUCACCACCACUAAUUCCCUUUACAGUUGCACACAGAAGUCUUCCUUCAAGUGUGCCCCAGCAACUUAGUGCUAAAAUAGAGCACAAACUACAAGAGUGGAAGGCAGCACUGAUCUUCGGUCUCCAUCCGUCUUUUGUGCCAAUCUAAGGUAAAACUGAAGAGUCUCAACUGGCAUGGUUAGCCAUUGGUAAUGGCAGACACAUAACUAUCAAGUAAGUUCAAUUUCAGGACUUUUACACUAAAUUGGAGUGAAUUGAUUCAAGCAACGAAGAGCAUUGAAGACCAGGUAAUUUUACAGGUUUGCCUGCUUUUGUAAAAACCAAAAGUCCCUCUUAAAGAGUCUUAAUAUCUAGAGACUCAAAAUUAACAGCAAUUGUAUUAGGAAUAUAGAUGAUAUUGUUGAUGAGAACUUGGAACAAUUUACUUCUCAUGAAGACUUCAUAUCAAAAUUAGAACAAGAAAACAAUUUCUUAAUAAGGUCAAAGACCUUGAGAAUCAAAAUUGAUAUUUCAAUAUUGAGUUUAGAAACAUUUUGGACUGAUUAGAACAAGCAAAUUUAUCUACUGGCUCAGCAACAUAGAUCCCAGCAUAUUAAUCACUUGCUUUGAACACAAGACAGAAUGCCACCAGAAAAGACAUUAUUCUUUGUUUAUUCUCUCUCCACCCCCACAAAAAAAACCUCAAGUAAUAAAGAAACUCAACGCCAUCCACAACCUUAAACAUCUGGACAAGAAUAUUAAAAUAUUUCAAGACCUUUCCUCAAAACGCUUUGAAAAUGCUGAUCUUUCAAACCUUUCACAACACUUUUGCAACAAGCAAAUAUAAAAUACAAGUGGGAAUUCCCCUUCAAACUACUGACUAUCUGAGGAGAAAAUGUUUUGUCUGCUACAUCUAAAACACAACUGAUUACUCAAAAAUUGAAAAUUGAAGCAAAAGAAGAUGAAAUCAGCCCCUCAACAUACACCAAAGACAGCCAAGACAAAUCAGACUGGACCAUAGUUGAAAGAAUAAGAAUCAAGCAAUAGGAAAACUCUUCUAUCUCCACAUGUUGUAUGAUGACUGCACCUAUCACAAGUGUAACAGUUCCAUAUAUUAAUAAUGUUUUGUUUAUAACCCA